CACUUUCUUCUUCACAAAUAAUUUUGAAAAUAAUCAUCGAUAUCAUGGCAACUUAUACUUUUGAGCAUAGAGAAUAUUUAGAAGAUGUAAUUGAAAGCCAGGGUUUCUACGUGACAAACAAUUAUGGAAGGGAAAUACCUUGUGGAAUAGUAAAAAUUGAUGAAAAAUCUGCAAUUUUUGAAAAGGCAAAAAAAGCAGCUGUUUUUGCAGUUAAUAAAUACAAUGAAAAAAUGGAAGAUUCAUCAAAAUUAAGAAUAUUGAAAAUUAUAAAUCUUAAUUUUGAACCUACUGCUGGUGCAAUUUAUUACAUGACUUUAUCAUUAUUGGAAAUAAGUUGUGGAAAUAUUUUUCAUUAUCAAGCUAAAAUAUGGGGAAAAAUCAACUCUAGUUACAAAGUUGAUAUUUUUCAACUUGCCCCUUAUGUGCCAAGAAUCUCAGAAUAUCAAGAUUUCUCUAUGAAGGUUAAUAAUUUGCAAGACUGGAUGGAUGAGAAUUAUCUAUAUUACAAGUGUUGCUAUAGAUAUAAAAGGCUUGUUUCUGUGGUGGUGAUUAGAGAUGAAGAAAAUGGAGAAUCAUUGGGCUAUGGUUUUAUUAAUUUCAAUAAAAAAUCAGCAGCAAUGGAAUUUUUAGAGAGCAAUAAUGGGGGAAAAUGCCAAAUUCCAACCAAAUUUAUUCAUUGGAGAUUUGAGAAAAAAUGAAGUUUUUUUUUUUUUUGAAAUAGUGUAUUAUGCUUUUUAUUAAAGGAUUAAUUUUUUUAUAUAUUAAUCAUUUAUUAGUUUAAUUAAUGUAAUAUUUACACUUGGUCUAUUAAUAUGGUAUUUAGAUGGCUAUUAAUUUUUGAAUUGUUUCCAAUAGUAACAUGGUAUUUAUUAUUGAUUGAUUUCAAACAAUUAUAAUAAUCAUAUGGUAUAGAAAAGUAAAUUCCAGAAUAAAUUUUAUAACCAAAUAAAAAAAUUUCAUUGAUAAUCCAAAUAUCAAUGGAUUAGGAUGAAUUAGCAAACAAAUUCAAUUAACUAGACGGACAAGCAGAGAUAUAAUUAAGCCUCGUAAAAAAAAAUUGACUGAAUCUACUUGAAAAGAAAAUAUGAUUCAACUUCGUUGAGCAAUGUUAUAUUUUCUAGAUAGAAGAAUAAUCAAAAUAGACUUUAUUUAAACAAAUUUAUCUAACUUUUCGUCUAAAUUUAUGAUUUAGUAAGGAAAUUGAUAUUAAUUAUCACAUAAUUCUUUUGUUGUAAUUAUUAUGAGUCUCGAAUUGUGCACCAAUAUACACACAUAUACGUAGCAAAAUUUGAAUAAAAGGGGAAUUGAAAUACUAAAUUUGCAUGAUAAAGUUUUACAAUGUUUUAUUUUUUUUUUCAUUUUUUUCACAUUAAUUAAAACCAUAGCAUAAUAAGUACAAGAAA